GGUAUUUUACAAAGGUUUAAUCGUUUAGCGUAACGUUUUUGGUUUUAGUUUAGCUUCGGUUUAGUUUUAGUUUUUACGUUACCAAAAAUGGUAUCGCGCUAGCAGUUGAAUCGUUGACGUUACCGAAACGUUUCCGCAGAAAAGACGAACGUGAGACGUUUAGGGCUUUCAUGAGUAUUUACAAAAUACUAUGUGUUACUUUUGUAAUCGAUGAUUGAUUAUAGAAAUAGCGAUGUUGGCAGCACUAUUUCUUACGAUAAUAUGUCAAUGACGUGACGUGCAAAUGUCAAUAAAAAAAAACAACCUAUCUUCUGCAAUGAUUGUUCGUUCGCGCCGGUAGUUGAACUUGAAACCAACUUGAAACGGGUCUAAAAUGGAUGCCACAAGGCGCAGAACUUCUACAAUUAGGCAAUUGGAAUUGCUGCUGGAGUUUGCCGAGGAAAAUAUAGAUUUAGCCCUUGGCAGACUCCGGAGCAAGGAGGCGCGAGCAUUAUCAAAGAGGCUGUGGGAGCAAUGCUCUACCAACCUUAAUGCAGAAGGACCUGCUAGGCUUCCCAAGGAGUGGGUUAAAGUAUGGAACGAUAUGAAAUGUCGUGUACGACACAAAUUAACAACGAUAAACGUGUCCCAACAGGGCACUGGUGGGGGGCCCAAUGCACAAAUAGUGCUAACACCCCUAGAAGAGAGGGUGGCCAACAUCAUAGGGCGUGAUAUUGGUCCUAUGCCCAAUAUUGCAUUGAACCCACUUCAGCUUGAGCAUGUGCCACCUGACGAGUUGGAGAUUGAAGAGGUGGACGGGGAGCAGUCUGGAAAUGAAGUCAAUGUUGUACUUUCGCCUCCGCGUUUAUCGCGCGCGCCAUCCGACCUCGAGACCCCUCCGCCAAUCCGGCGGCGGAUGCAGUCGCCAGUGCGGUCGACUCCGCCGCCAGAGCCUGCGCCUGAGCUGCCACCAGCACCGCCAGAAGUGCCGCGGCGACGGCGACAGAGGGCUAGGGCGGACUCUAGAGUUAAUUUAGCGCAGACAAGAUCAAGUGCCCUGGAUGAGAGUCGAAGGACAAUGAUGCGUAUUGAGGAGCUACGUGCCGGCACGGAUAGUAUGCUUGCCAAGACUGCGCUCCUGCAAGCCGAAGCUGCCAAAGCGCAGGCUGAGGCAGCCAAAAUAAGCGCUGAGGCAGCCAAAAUAAGCGCUGAGGCCCAUAUGCUUGUAGCGCAGUCCGUGAGCAGCCUGGUGCCGGCAUGUCGCCAGUAUUUAAUGGGCCUAGCCAGGACGCGGAUGAGAACGCUAUCAUCUGAAGAUUAGUAAGACGGUGG